AAACAGUUCAUCAUUUACAAAUAAUAUAAACGAAAAUAGAAAAAACAUUUAAGAAAAAUUAAUUAUUUUAAAAUUAAACAACAAUUAAGAGUCUGAAAAUUUUAAAACAAAACAGCCAAAAUGGAGGAACACAUAAAUUUACUGAAAACUGCUGGACCACGUAUGGUGCCAUUUAUCAAAGCUGUUACAAUAUAUUUUAUGUUAGUUACAUUUGAUCCAAAAGGUGAAAUAUGGACAACAAUAUUGAAAUGUGCUCCAAUAGUAUGCUUAAUGUUUUUCAUUCUAUUAUACGGAUUUAAAUUUACAAAAAAGAGCAAAUAUUGUCAACGCAUUUUAUUUGGAUUAAUAUUUUCUUGUGUUGGUGAUGCAUUACUUAAUGUUGCAUUAUUUCCACAUGGAAUGGGAUCAUUUGCAGUUGCCCAAGCAUUUUACAUAUCAGCAUUUGGAUUUCAGCCAUUUAAACCUUGGAUCGCAAUAGGAUUAUAUGCAUUUGCAAUUUCAUUUAUUUCUUUAAUUUUUCAUUCUCUUGAUGAGAUACUUGUUAUUGGUCUUCCGAUUUAUGCAUUUCUUUUAACAACAAUGUGCUGGAGGACAUUAGCACGUGCUGGAGAUAAACCAAAUAUAAUAAAUAUUUUAUGUGCUAUUGGCGGUAUUUUAUUUGUAAUAAGUGAUGGUAUAAUUGCUGUUGACAGAUUUUAUAUAAAAAUUCCAAAUUCAAGGAUUUAUAUAAUGACAACAUACUAUGCUGCCCAAUUUGCAAUUACUUUAAGUAUAGUAAAUGAGAGAAAGGCUGAAAAUCAACAAACAAUGAAAUCAAAUCCAAAUAGUCAAUUAAAGACUGGUUUAAUUAACUCAAAUAGGAUAAGUGUUAAUGAGAAUGACAAAAAUAAAUAAGGAAUUAGAAGUAAUAGUAAGUGAUAGAGUACAUAAAAAAAUUGAACUAAUUUGUAUGUAAGGGGGACAUUUAAUAAUAGUAUAUUAUAUUAUAUUUGGAAAUUUUGUAAAGAAUUAAGUGAUUUAUUAUCAAAAUAAAAAUUGAAAAUAUCAUAUAGAAAUUAUAUAUACAUAUUUGCAUACGUAAUACAUAUAUAUAUAUAUUAAUCUACAUACGUGUUAUAUAUCUGUAUGUUGAAAUAUGUAGGUCAGUUUUUCGAGAGCAUUCAGAAGCUUUUAAAGCUAAAAAAUAAAAUGCAUUUAAAAUUGUUUUUAUAAACAAAAAAUUAAUUGAUGAACAGAAAAUAUUUUAAAUUAAAAAUUACGAUUUUUCAAAAUGUUCGUUAGUAUAUUAAAAUAAAAAUAAGUGAAAUAAAAGUAAUUUAACUUUAUUACUUAUCAUGGAAAAUAUAUUUCAUAUAGGCCAACUAUAAAUUUUGUGAACAUUUCAACAAUAAAUUUAUCAGCAUGUUAAUAGCUUAGUUCAUUGGUACUAUUUUCAUAUUACCUUAAUGCUGCAUCAACAUUAGGUACUUUUUUAAAUUCAUUUUUGAAAAAACUAAAAAUUAAUUUUUGUUAAAAUUUAUUUUGCGAACGUUUGUUUCCCUAAUACUAUUACGACUUCAUUCUUUUCAAACAAAAAAAACCAAUUAACUUUCUGAUACUUGUAUAAUAUUUAGUUUGAUUCAUCCGUUAAGAAAUAAAUAAAUUUCUAAUUUUGUUGUAAUUAUUUAUCUACAUUUUUUAAAAAUUAUUGAAAUUUGUUAACGAACUAACGAAAUCCAAUUCUUAAAACAACUUUUUUUUCAGAAAAUUUUCAUUUCAAAAUAAUUUUAUUAACAGAGUUAUUAUAAAUUAAUUUGUAACAAAAUUUUCAAAAAAUUUUAGAACCUACCUGUCUGGGUAAUUUUGUUAGGUUCGUUUUACAAAGUUUUUAAUAUAACAGUUUUAAAAUUCUAAUCAAAAUUUUAAUACAUGCUACUUUAGUAUUCAUUUUACUUGGUUUCAAAUUAGUGUCAGAGUUGUAUUCAAAUUUUUGAGAAGGAUGUUAAGCUCAAUUAAAGCGCUUGUAUUAUUAAAUAAAGCAAAAUUGCAUUUGUUAAGCAAAAAACUUAUUUUCUAAAAUUAGACUCAUAUAGUGAUAUUAUUUUAUCAAUUUCAAAAUGGCUUACGAAUGAUCUUGCAUUAUAUAAAUUGUUAUAUUGAUUACAAAAAAUUUAUUUAAUUUAAAAUUUAAAUUUAAAUUGAUAAUAUAUAUAAUACAAACACAUAUACAUAAUAUAGAAAAAUUUUGUAGAAAAAGUUUAAAAGUUUUAAAAAAUUAGAAAUAUUAUUAAAGCCAAAUAAUAAUUAUUCAAGUUAUAAUCUUGGUACUUCCGAU